CUACAGGUACUACGGUAAGGACUCGACAGCCAUUCACAUUGCUCGUCUGAAGUUGUAGCGGAAGAUCUGUGUGGUUGUGUGAACCAACCCGGCAACAGGAAGGCGACACGGCGAAUGGAAUAUGGAGUGUAUUCCAGUGACUAUUGAUGAUCUUGAGGGCAAAAAAGACCCAGUCAUAGAGGACCCAGAGCACAAUGUGUACACCCGGUUUAUGAAGUCCCACCGGUGUUAUGACCUCGUACCUACCAGCUCCAAACUGGUUGUGUUUGAUACAUCGCUUCAGGUCAAGAAGGCAUUUUUUGCUCUUGUUUCCAAUGGGGUAAGAGCAGCACCUCUGUGGGACAGCAAGAAGCAGUGCUUCGUUGGUAUGCUGACCAUCACAGACUUCAUUAACAUCCUACAUCGCUACUACAAAUCUCCACUGGUUCAGAUAUAUGAGUUGGAAGAACACAAAAUUGAAACAUGGAGAGAGCUGUACCUUCAAGACUCUUUUAAGCCCUUGGUUAGCAUAUCUCCCAACGCAAGUUUGUAUGACGCAGUCUCAUCUCUGCUGAAGAAUAAGAUCCACAGACUGCCUGUAAUCGACCCCCUGACAGGAAACACGCUCUAUAUUCUCACACACAAGAGGAUUCUCAAGUUCCUGAAGCUUUUUAUAGCAGAAAUGCCAAAACCCUCAUUCUUGAGACAAACCUUAGAGGACCUGAACAUCGGAACAUUCCGGAACAUAGCGGUGGUCCGUGCAGACACACCGCUGUACACAGCGCUGGGUAUUUUUGUUGAGCAGCGAGUGUCUGCGCUCCCUGUUGUGGAUGACAAAGGUCGAGUCGUGGAUAUAUACUCAAAAUUUGAUGUUAUAAACCUGGCCGCAGAGAAGACGUACAACAACUUGGAUGUGACAGUGACCAAAGCCUUGCAGCACCGCUCGCAGUACUUUGAAGGAGUGCUGACCUGCAACAGGCACGAGAGCCUGGAAGCCAUCAUCAACAGACUGGUCGAGGCAGAGGUGCACAGGCUGGUGGUGGUGGAUGAGCAGGAAGUGGUGAAAGGAAUAGUCUCCCUUUCAGAUAUCCUCCAGGCACUAGUGCUGACUGAUGGAGAUGAGGGCACAGCUUGAAUAGGUAACUCAAAGAAGGAAAGACUUCACGGAGCAAAGGGAGAAAGAUCAGGCAUGUGAGAGGGGAAUUUCCACAAUGUAUUGAAGUAUCAUCACCCAUCUCCUGUAACCAGGCUUCCUAUAAUCACACAUGAAUACGUCUGCCUCUCUGCAGAAACAUGAAGCUCUAGCAAUUCUGCAAUUUAACAUUGUAGUUGCACAAGAGGCCUCUGAAGAGGAGCUAUUGACCAGGCAUCAUUCCCACCUCUGCUGGUUCUGAUCUAUGCAGAGGAGGACCAUUAAUUGUGGCUUUGAUUAUAAAUGUAUUCCCGAUAAUAUUAAUGAUAUAAUCAGUUAUAAGUUAAACUGAUUUACCUGUAUUGCCGUUUGUUGGCAACAUUUUAUUUGUACAAUAAGACUGAAAUGUAGCUUCACACAAAGCCUAUGAAAGGGUAAUUUUAAACCCUGUGUAACUUUGUCAGAUCAGCGUCUGGUGUGUAGGAUGUUCUGGCACGUUCUGACUUGUUCUUUGUACGUGGAAGUAGUGUGGUGAUAUUCAGCUGAAACGAUCUUGUUAAACAACUAGUUCGAUAAUUUAAAUGCAGGUAGAGGACUGAUGCGCAAAUCAUUUUUACCUUGAGCACAUGCUGAUGGUUAUAUGGUUACAGAGGUAUUUAUCUGUAUGUAUGUGUGGCAUAUACUGUACAUACAGUACAUGCAUACAACAACUGGCUUUGUGCUGCUUUGGUGUGAAGGUGCUAAAAUGAUUUUGGAUAAUUUAUCAUUCAAACAAGUCAGGUUUCAGCUUCAGGACCUGUUGCUCCAAAACAAAACAAAAGCUCUGAAUAAAUUUUAACGAAUAUAAAAGAUUUAUGUAAAUUUGUCACCAGUUAAAUCAAGUUACCCCAGUUAGCAGUGUGUGAAGAAUUCAAGGGCUCAGGUUUUAAUCUGCCAUGUAGGAAACCUGAAAGAGCGCGUCAGGCUCUCGAGACGACCUCAUUGGUGAAGUCCAGAACAGCAUCGGUGAAUCUGCUGUUAGAGACGACCAUUAAUUGUGCUGUGUCCCGUUUGCUCUGAAUAUUUAUGGGUUUUAUGUUUUGCCAUAUUGUCUGUGUUGUCACGUAUAACCAAAUGUUUUAUGGAUUUUACUUUACUGACUCGUUUUCUGCCUGUUUUGUCUCUCACACUUGGUUUUGGCACUAUCAGCGUUAAAGGGAUUUGCUUAUUGCUCCAGUGCUGCAAGAUCUCAUCAGUUUUUGAAAAAGUGGUAUUUUUUUUUUUUUCUGAUCUUUCUGGUGUGUUAUGUUGAUGUCAGUUACAGUCAGUGAUGACAUCUGACGUCUGAACAACGAGUCUAAUACGUUUAUUCAACUGUUAUCUCUUCAUAGUGUUUCGGGGACUUUAUUAAAAUCACUCAAUACCAGCAUUUUUCUCUUCCAUUUCCAUAAUGGACCAGGAACAUGUCACUUCCUGUUUUGCUUUGUAUGAAAUUUCAUGUACAACUGUAUGUAAAUGCACAGUUUUUGUAGUAAUCGGCAUUGAGACUGAUUGAAAAGAUGAGCAAUAAAGGUUCUUUAAGAGUUUGUUUUAAA